AUGUACAGUGCUUCUACAUCAACCCAAUCGAGCAGAGUUGAUCCAGCUGUGCCGAUCGGGACAUCUUCAGGACUGGACACAUCGAGCAUUCCUCAGAACACCUCGGCUAAAACCAGUAGUGCACUACUCAGCUUGUCUGAACCACCCGAUAUUGCGGAUGAUCAAAGCAGUGUGUCAGCAGCAACCAGCGAUUUCCUACCUAGCAUUUGUGAACCACCGAGUUUCGUGGAUGAUGUCAACAGUUUGCUGGCGCCCUUGAAAGUGAUGCCCUUGCAGCGGCCACCUUCAACAGUGGAAACCGCUGCAGUAGCAUACGUCGCCGGUUUUGUCGUGAAAGCGAUAGAAGAAAAAAAGGUUGUGCAGCGCCUGCCCAAGACUGAAUGAUUCGGGACCACAAUAUCACCAGUGACGGGACUUAUUAACCACCGAACUAGAGGGGGUUUGGUGUUCCCAAAGCUCGAGUUUGUAGCUGCUCUUGUAAAAGUAAAGAAGGCCAUCGACAUCGCAGUGCCACGUAUUGGCACAAACGAUGUGUGCAAGAAGAUCACGGCAAUGAUUUUGUCGCAUCUGGAGAGCUGCCCUCUAUUUUUAUGCGAGGCAAGAGAAGACCAUGCCUCGGUCACAUCCUCAA